AUGGCACCAAAAAUCGCAAUCGUUGGCGCAGGCCCCGGCGGCUGCAUGCUCGCACGCCUGUUACUCACCCAAUGUGACUGCAGCACCACCAUCUUCGAAGCAGAAGCCUCCAUCAAUUACCGUUCGCAAGGCGGCACCUUGGACUUGCGCGCCAACACAGGUCUCGCUGCAAUAAAACUAGCAGGCCUGUGGGACGAGUUCCAAAAGUACGCUCGCUACGACGGCGAGAGUCUGCUCGUCACCGAUAAAAACCUCACGACAUGGUUGAGAAGAGGCGGACGAAAGACAGCAGACGGGAAGCUGAGCCCAGGAGACGCACCAGAAAUCGAUCGCGCAGAUCUGAGGAGAGUGCUCAUGGAGAGCUUACCUCAUGACACCGUUCGCUGGGGCUACAAGCUCUCGCGCGUCGAAGAAGGCAGUUCAGGACUAAGUCUGUGUUUCGCGAACGGCGAGGUGCUGGACGGCUUCGACUUAAUCGUAGGCUGCGACGGCGCUUUCAGCAAGACACGCAACCUCUUGACGUCGGAGAAGCCGUACUACGCCGGCCUAGGCGGCUGGACAAUGUACAUACCCUCCGCCUCAACCGCCGCACCAGACCUACACAAUUUCGUCAACAGAGGCAGCGUCUUCGCCUACUCCGACGGAAAGUCACUGUCCAUACAACAACUCUCCGACUCCUCCAUCUACGUCGCCUACUACGGCCAGCACCCCGAGGAUUUUGCCCAAACAUGCGGUUUCGACGCGCAAAACGACGUCGAAGCAGCGAAAGCAGUGUUGAGAAAGCAGCUGCACGAUUGGGCACCUCAGCUCCUCGAUGCUGUCGAAAAAGCGACAACAGGACUCGUGUGGAGAAACCUCUACCAACUCCCCGUAGGCUUCACCUGGCCACACAGACCCGGCAUCACGCUCCUAGGCGACGCAGCACACGUCAUGACCCCGUUUGCGGGAAUCGGUGUCAAUACCGCGUUUUACGAUGCCAUGGUUCUUACUGAGCAGAUCGUUGCGUACAGUUCAUCUAGCUCCGCCGCCGGCGAGGGUGUUAGUCAGGUGGAGGCGCUGGGACGGUAUGUAGAGGGGUAUGAGAAGGCGUUGUUUAGGCAUGCGCAUGCUGCGCAGCGGCGUACCGAGGGCGCGAAGAAUGCGAUGUUGUUCACGCCUGGCGCGCCGAGGACGAGUAUUGAGACGUGGGUGCUUUGGCAGGCGGAGGAGCAGGUGCCGGGGUGGGGGAGGGGGGUUGUUGGGGUGGUGGUUUAUGUGGGGUAUUGGGUUUAUAAACUGUUUGUGUAG